UUUCGACAUCAGUGCCUACUUCUCCUCAGCAGCCGACUUCAUCCACCGUGCCCUCAGCACACCUGGGGCCAAGGUCCUGGUGCACUGUGUGGUAGGGGUGAGCCGCUCCGCCACGCUGGUCCUGGCCUAUCUCAUGCUGCACCAUCAGCUGUCCCUGCGCCAGGCAGUGAUCACCGUGAGGCAACACCGAUGGGUCUUCCCCAACCGAGGCUUCCUCCACCAGCUCUGCCAGCUGGACCAGCGGCUGCGGGGCACAGGCCAGAACUGAGGGGCCAGAGCUGGUCCUUCCUCCCUGCCACGGGGCUGUGCCACUUUGUCUCCCUGGCACUGGCCCUGUUGGUGCUGCUGGAGGCUCUGGCCCAGGUGGAUACCAAGAAGAUGGUAAGAAGCCAGUGUGUGGUCCACCCUAGAGCCCGCUACCCCAUCUACUUCCUCCUGCUGCCUGCAUUCUGGGUCGGCUACUGUCUUCAGUCCCCACAGGUCAAGGGAGCUUUGAAAAUGGCUUAUCGGAUGUUCCUUCUCUCUGCCCCACGAUCAACAUACGCAUACACCCAGAGCACAAGCAGACCCCUGCGGGCUGCCUCCACCCCCGGCAAGGCCAGGUGCCUGGCUGGGCUUGGCACUGACCAUGCCAGGGACCAGUGGAAACAGCAUCAAGUGUGCGGAGACAGGGAGCUGGAAGCAGACAGCACAAAGUGCCCGUCAGAGAAGACCACAGCCUGGGCCAGAUACCCCCACAGGAUGGACUCACUGCAGAAGCAGGAUCUCCGGAGGCCCAAGAUCCACAGGGCAGUCCGGGGGUCCCCCUACCAGCCGCCCACACUCGCUUACCUCCAGCGCUUGCUGUGGGUCCGUCGGGCUGCCAUGCUGAGCCAUGUCAAUGAGGUCUGGCCCAACCUCUUCCUAGGAGAUGCGUAUGCAGCCCGGGACAAGAGCAAGCUGACCCAGCUGGGCAUCACCCACAUCGUGAACGUUGCUGCGGGCAAGUUUCAAGUGGACACAGGUGCCAGGUUUUACCGUGGAAUGCCCUUGGAGUACUAUGGCAUUGAGGCUGAUGACAACCCCUUCUUUGACCUCAGUGUCUACUUUCUACCUGUUGCUCGAUACAUCCGAACUGCCCUCAGUGUUCCCCAAGGCCGUGUGCUGGUACACUGUGCUAUGGGGGUGAGCCGCUCUGCUACGGUUGUCCUGGCCUUCCUCAUGAUCUGCGAGAACAUGACCCUGGUGGAGGCCAUCCAGACGGUGCAGGCCCACCGUGAUAUCUGCCCCAACUCGGGCUUCCUCCAGCAGCUCCAGGUUCUGGACAACCGACUGGGGCGGGAGACGGGGCGGCUCUGACUUGGUGAGCAGCCGGGAACCCUGACCCUCUGGCCAGCAUGGCCCAGCCCAGCCAGCCUGGCCCUGGGAACAGCAGCCUCUGCUGUUUCCAAUGACCUUGAGGCAUCGAUAGCAAGUGGGGGCUUAGCUGAGGCAGAAGCAGGGAGAAUUGAGUGGUGACCUUUAGCAGGUGGGAUUUCCCUGACCCAAUCCAGAGAUUCUUUAUACAAAAGAGAGUUCAGUCUGUCUCUAUAAUAAAAGGUUCAUCAUAAU